AUGUACAAAAAUAUUGUGUAUAAUUUUAUAUUAAUAUUUAUAAUAAUAAAAUAUGUUGAAUCACAAGACAAUGAUCCUGAUCAACCAGCAGAUGAUGAAGAAGAAGAUAAUAAUUUUGAUGUUUUAGAUAUAGAACAAAUCAUUCAGGAACGACUUAGUCGUUUUGAUGAUCCUCAAUAUCAACCAGAUUAUCAACAAUUAGAAGAAUCUCAAUAUCAGCCCCAACCAGAAACUCAACCCCAACCUCUGACUCAACCCCAGUAUUAUGAUCUUUAUCAAACUCAACCAGAACCUCAAUAUCAACCCGAACAAUUUGGUCAAUAUGAACCUCAACAAUAUGGACCAGAAUAUCAGUUAUACCAAACACAAACUCAUCAUAUAGAACAACAAUCUGAUACAUAUGGGUAUUAUGAACAAUCAGGAGUUAGUCAACCACAACAGUAUUAUGUACCUUCAGCACCUCAAACUCAAAUUCAAAUUCAAAUUCAACCCCAAUCAUAUGAUCAAUAUCAACCAUAUGCACCCGUAACUCAGCCUCAUACAACUCAGGAACCUCUUUAUCAGUAUUACUUACCGGAAUCCCAGGAUCAAUAUGGAUAUCAACUGCAAUAUGAAACACAGACUCUUUAUGAUACUGGUCAACAACCAAUAACUGAAACUCAACCACAAGAACAGUAUUACUAUCCUUAUCAACCUACCCAACCAACACCUCAGGUACCUCAACAACAGUAUUAUGAACCACCUCAACCUCAACCAACUCAACCACCACAGUAUGGACCGUAUCAACAUUAUAUGCCUCCACAAACUGUAACUAAAGCUAAACAACCAACAGAACAGUUAGAACCUGAAGUUAUACAAGUUCAACAGAUUGAUGAUGAGGAAAGAGAGAAAAAGAGACAACAAAGAGCCAAGUUGUUGGAUAAAUUAAAAAGAAAAAUACAACGUCCGGAUAAAACAAAGCCAUCAAAACAACAAACUGCCCAACCAAGAAAAAGAAAAAGACCUCGAACUACAAGUGGAGACCAAGGUGAGGAGGAGGAAGAACAAAAACCUAAAAGAGGAAGACUGCCUAAAUCCUACAGAAAAUCUAGACAUAUCAAACUAUUCAAAUUUGAUUCUGAAGGUAAUCUGGUCCAAAUGACUGAGCGUGACUACGAUAUUAGACAUAGUGAUAAAACUAGAUCAAUAUAUGAAUUCAAAACAAAUCUCGAACAAAUAGAAUUUGACAAUGAGGUUAUCUACGUGCAUACAAGUGGAACUCCUUAUUGUUUUUCAUUAAGUCAUAGUAAAAAAACGGAUAUAAUUAUCAUUACUAACAUUCAAGAAUUUGUAUUAAUUAAGAAAAAUAAAGGAAUAUGGACAAGAACUGAUCAUGUGACUCCGUACUAUGUCAAAUUCUACAAACGGGAUUCUGGAGGGAAUGAAGUUUUAAUAACUAGUGAUCAAUAUAGUAUUCAUUUUACAUCAAUCGGAUCCUUUAGAUACAAAUUCCAUCCAGGUAUUAAAUGUACUAAAAUAAUAGUUAAAGACAUGGUGGCGUGGAAGAAAUCUAAUAAAGAUGAUGGGUUUCCUGAACUGAUUUACGUUAGUCCAAAAUUGAGUGUUAUACUUAGGUUUAAGAAAUAUACUAAAACUUUAGGAAAAAAACAUAAAAAAUAUAAAAUCUUACACACUAAAAAAAAUUUAAAAGAACCCAAAUAUAUCUAAAUUAAUUUUAUCAUAUAAAAUAUGUUAUUGACAUCGUCAUUAUUAUAAUAUGUUAAAUAUCUCAU